AUGGCGGCUCUGCAGGAGCAGUUUGGUCAGCCUGAACUUCUGAUACGCUACCUAGUAUCACAAGUGAAAGGCAUACCCAAGCUGCUUGCAUCUGAUGGUGGCAAGGAACUACAUCAGUUAGCUUGUAUGGUACGCAAUUGUGUCCAGACCAUAAAAAUGUUAGAUUCCGUAGAGUUCCUCGCCUCCCCAGAAUUGUUUCAUAGUGUGCUCCUUAAAUUGACUCCACUGAUGCGUGAGAAAUGGGUUGACUAUGCUUUCGCUCACGCCGACACUGGUUCUCGGUUUAAAUUGGAACUACUUUCGAAUUUUCUCACACAUCAAUCUCGAGUUCAUUUAAGGUUUGGCAUUAUCGAUGACACCCCGCGUCUUAAGCCUAUAGAUAAGGUUCGUUCGCAUGUCACGACUAAUGUUGGGUCUAAUGGUGUCAACGAUGAUGUAUGCUAUGCUACUUCUUCGAGCUCAACAAGUUGCUAUUCAAAGGGUAAAGUAGCGCCAUCUAGCAUUAGCUCUGAAAAGUCUCCCCCCAUUGCAACUUGUCUAUAUUGUCAAAAAACAGGACACGAAAUAGACAAGUGUGACCUGUUUAAAGUUCUUACUGUAAACGAUAGAUGGCAUUGGGCUAAAAAUAAUAAAGUUUGCCAAAAAUGUUUAAGACGCGGUGGGCAUUUUUAUAGGGGCUGCAAAGGCAGUUGCAAAAUAAUAGAUUGCAAGAGUAGAAAUUUUCAUCACGAGUUGCUUCAUAGACAAUCUACUCGUACUAAUUCUGUCCAUUACAGUUCGACACCACCAGAAGAUGAAGAUAAUGCAGUGGGAGAACUUACCUCGGUGACUGUGGCGCACGCUCAUAGCUGUACUGCGAAGCUUCAUGAGCCGCCAUCUUUGCGGCAUUCAUUCCUGAAAAUGAUUCCUGUUACAGUGUCAGGACCAAAGGGUGAGAUGGAUAUUUACGCCUUAUUAGACGAUGGAUCCACUGUAACCCUAAUUGAUCAAAGUAUAGCUGACACAGUAGGUACACAAGGACCGAAAGGAUCGAUCAGAGUGAAUUGUAUGGGAGGUCUCGUGAAAGAUUCUGUAGUAACCUACAUUGACAUCACUAUUAAGGGUAAGUAUUCCGCAGAGACCUUUAAAUUAGAACAGGUUCGCUCCAUUCCUAAUCUAGGUAUAACAUGCCAAACUGUCCGUACUGUUGACCUUGCAAAGUUCCCUCAUCUUCAGGAUCUGGUUAAAGAACUGUGUUACGAGGAAGCCAAGCCAAUGUUAAUAAUUGGUAUUGAUAAUUGGCAUUUGUCAUUACCGCUUGGUAUCAGACGCGGUGCUCGUAACCAACCUGUGGCAAUCCAAACUGCACUGGGGUGGACAGUCUUCGGAAGAUUUCCGGGAAAGCUAUCCGAGUUUGUUCAUCACAGCUCAAUUUCUGACCUGGAGUCGUUGAUAAAAGAGCACUACCGUCUUGAUUCAAUAGGAGUUACAAAAAAAGAUCUCCAUAGCAAGAACGAUGAGCGAGCUUUAGCAAUCUUAGAGGAAACUACUCGGCGUCUUCCUUCAGGUAGGUUUGAAACCGGCUUGCUGUGGCGACCUGAUAUUGUUUCUGUUCCAAACAGCUAUAAGUUAGCCCUGUCUAGAUUCCUCAGCUUAGAGAGAAAAUUUAAGAAAGACGAAAGUUAUGCUGAGGCUUACCGAAAUUACAUUAAUGCGAUGCUACAGAAAGAUUACGCAGAACGCUGCACAAAUACGACUCCUGCAGGAAAUUUAUGGUACCUGCCUCACUUUGGUGUAUAUCAUCCUCAAAAGAAAAAAUUGAGGCUUGUCCAUGAUGCCGCAGCUAAAAGUUCCGGGGUCAGCCUAAACUCUCUUUUGCUCCCUGGUCCUGAUCUCUUACAGCCUUUACUGGGAAUUUUAAUGCGUUUUAGGGAAGGCAAGAUAGCUCUUAAUGGAGAUAUUCGCGAAAUGUUUCCACAGACUAAAAUAAGAGAACAGGACAGAGAUGCACAACGUUUUCUUUGGCGAACGAAGCCAUCUUUACCUAUAGAAGAGUAUAGAAUGUCUUCUAUGAUUUUCGGAGCUACCUCCAGUCCAUGCACUGCCAUUUUUCUAAAAAAUAAAAAUGCUUUGGAAUAUAGAACUAAUUACCCUGAGGCGACAGAGGCUAUUAUCAGGGAUCACUAUAUGGACGAUUUUCUUGGAAGUGUAGACAAUCUAGAAAAUGCCGCUCGUCUGGCUGCAGAUAUCGUCACCGUGCAUAAAGCGGCUUGCCUGGAGAUGCGUUCGUGGGUAUCUAAUGACCCUAGAGCGCUCGCUCUAUUAAGUCCGGACUUGAGGGCUGCCGACACUUCUGAGAUAGGGCUCGGGCCAAUGUCUCCCUUCCAGGUUAGAAUCUUAGGAGUGGCAUGGAAUAUCAAAGAAGACACUCUCAAUUUUAGAAAGACCUCUGAUCUUCCAACUAAUUUAACAAAAAGGGUGGUCCUAUCUCAUCUCAUGAAAGUUUAUGAUCCUCUUGGUUUUUUAAUGCCUGCUGUUAUCGCUGGUCGCAUUCUCUUUCAAGAGACGUGGAGAAUGGGAAUUGGUUGGGACGAGGAACUUCCCGCUCUUGCGAAAGCAAAAUGGCAGACUUGGUUUGCAAGCUUAGCAAAAAUUUCAACAGAAGUCACAAUACCGCGUUACUACCAAACCAAGCCUGCUAUAGAAAGCCAACUUCACAUUUUAGCAGACUCAAGUGAGUUAGCCUACGCCUGCGUAGCGUUUUGGCGUUUUAUUCGGGAGGACGGGACGGUUCAUCUCUCUCUCGUAGGUGGAAAGGCGCGCUUAGCUCCAUUAAAACCGGUAUCUAUCCCACGGCUGGAGCUACAGGCGGCACUCAUAGCUACUAGAUUCGCAACAUAUAUUUUGGAAGCACACCGUAUCGUCACAUCGAAAAUUUUCUUUUGGACAGACUCUCUAACAGUUUUAAAAUGGUUGCGUAGUGACGCGCGGACUUUUAAACCGUUUGUAGCUCACCGUGUUGGGGAGAUAUUGGAAACUACAGAUGUAGCUGAUUGGCACUAUGUACCAACGGCACUGAAUGUAGCGGACGAUGCUACACGCGGGCAGUGUACUCUCUCUUCGACCUCCCGUUGGUACACUGGUCCAGAUUUUCUUCAUGGCCCUCCAGAACAAUGGCCGCGCGAGCCAGCAAUUGGUUCCCCACCGGUACUCGAGGAGUUAAAACCAGAGCAUGCGCUAACAUUUCUAUUAACUGAAGAACCGACAGUUCCAUCCCCGGUAAUUGCAAAUCCUAAUCGUUUUGAUCGAUGGAUUCGGUUAGUUAGGGCAACUGCUCGUGCACAUCAUUGUGCCAAGAUCUUUCGGUCUUUAUUAGAAAAACUUCCAAAUUCAAAAUCAAAAAAGGUCGCCUCCGAGGUUUCUUCUAAAAUUAUGAAACCCCUUUCGGCCAAGGAAAUCUUGGAGGCUGAAAGGCACCUUCUUUUAUAUUCACAACUGAAGUCGUUCAAUCACGAAUUCUUACGUCUUACAGCAGGUCUUUCCUCAACUAAUCAAGGAAAACUUAAAAACCUAACCUUGAUGUUGGGAGAGGAUGGUUUAAUUCGCUUAAACGGAAGAAUUCGGGCAAUUUUAGAUGCUCCCACGCAGGAAGUUAACCCAAUUGUCUUGGACGGUCGACAUUUAAUAAUACGACUAUUUCUCGAUUACUACCAUCGAAAGUUUGGUCACAGUAACACUGAAACUGUCGUCAACUUCCUGCGUGGUAGAUAUUACAUAAUAGCACUACGCUCUAGUAUUAGGUCUGUUGCUAAACGUUGCUGUUUUUGCAGAGUUAGAAAACUUCUCCCGUCUGUGCCACAAUUUGGUGAUCUACCCAGCGACAGGUUAUCACAUCAUCAGCGCCCGUUCUCUUUCACCGGUCUUGAUUAUUUUGGUCCAGUGGAGGUUACUAUUGGGCGCAGGCGGGAAAAACGCUGGGUAGCUUUAUUUACGUGCCUCACCACCCGAGCUGUCCACCUGGAAAUCGUGGCAAGCCUUUCAGCAGAUGCCGCCAUCAUGGCUCUUAGAAGAUUCAUUGCCCGUCGAGGAUGUCCUUCAAAAAUUAUCUCUGAUAACGGUACGGCCUUUGUCGGUGCAGCGAAUCAACUUGCUCAGGUGUUCGAUUUUGCAGCCAAUAACAAAAUUGAGUGGACAUUCAUUUGCCCGGCGGCUCCAUCAAUGGGUGGUUCUUGGGAACGUCUAGUCAGAUCUAUCAAGAACGCCAUUUCCGUAACCCUGCUGCAGCAGGCACCGAAGGAAGAAGUGUUGUCAACUUUACUACUGGAAGCAGAGGCCCUAGUAAACUCACGUCCACUUACGCACGUCCCUGUGGACCCUGAGACACUACAGGCUCUUACGCCGUUUCAUUUUCUGUUGGGUACACCGUCAACUGAAGCCGUUCGCCCUUGCACCGAUGCAGACUUGUACCGUCGCCUCAACCAUAAAAGGGUUCUCAGAUUGGCCGAGAUUUUUUGGGCCAGAUGGCUCCGAGAAUACCUUCCGACGCUCAUCCCCAGAAAAGCCGGGUUUACGCAAUCUGCCGCUAAUGUAGGCGAUCCGGUACUAAUAGCAGAUCAAAAUCUACCAAGAGGAACCUGGCCUAGAGACCGAAUAUCGAAGGUUUUCCCUGGCCCAGAUGGAGUGGUUCGGGUGGUCGAAAUUACUACCAAUAAAGGGCUCUUAAAAAGACCCAUCAGAAAAGUAGUGCCAUUGCUUUUGUCGCCUCCUUAG